AUGGCACCAGUGAAAAGCCAAAGCUUUUCCCGCCGUAAAGGGAAAGAAGUCGCUUCCGAUCCUCCCGCCGUACCUGACGUAGGCGAGGAGGCAGAGUAUUCUGUGUCAGAGCAUUCCGUUGGGGAAGAGGCACAACGCGACCCUGACACAUCCUCAAUCCCUGAUCUAGCCAUUCGCCAAGGCAUCUCACUUCCCGUGCCCAUCCACUUCGAAUUCGAGUCGGGCACUGCCUUGGGUUGGAGAGAAUGGGUACAUAAUGAGUUAUCUGAUGUGGGUUUCAUGGGGUUGUUGCAACGAGCCGGUGUCUUGAAAGCCAUCGUCUCAUCUUGCUGCCUGUCAAACUUCCGAGACCUUUACAACCUUCGACACUUGGUCCGACGGUGGUGUACCACCACCCACACCUUCUUUUUCUCGUGCGGCAAACUCACUGUUACCCUUGAAGAUGUGGCCAAUCAGUUACUCCUGCCUAUUCUUGGUGAUGCCGAUCCUGCCACUCUAGAAUUUUCUCCGGAAGAAGAGGCUAUUGAGGCCAAACUGAAGAAGAGGAUGGCCGGGAAUGCCAAACUGUCAUACUGGGUUAGUUCUUCUUCUAAGUUCUCUGUAGCUGCCCACCACGCGGCUGUUGUUGCGUUUUGGCUUUGCAAAUUUGUUUUUGGGUCCCACCCCCACUGUACCAUAAAGCCUUUAUACUUUCGUUUAGCCAUCAAAAUAUUUGCUAGAGUGAGCCUGCUACCUGCUCGUUUUGCUAGAGAUAAGUACCAAUCAUGUCCGAGGGUAAUCACUGAUUUCUGCAGUAGAUUUGAGUCUGAUUUUCCGCUGGUUUUCCACUGGUCUGGCUUAAAGCCUAUUGGUUAUUCUGUUGUUAAGUCUUUUGAUGAAGGUGUUGGUUUUUCUUGGAGGGUUUAUAGAAAUUUGGGUGCAAAUUAUACAUGCACAGAUUUUGCCAUGGGUUUGUUUGUCGAUACUGUUGGGACUACUACUCCCUUGGCUGAUUUUGACGAGACGAGGAUCACUUAUCUGGCGGCCACUAAUGCCGGAUGGUUGCCUUACUUAGCCGAUGAAGGCAUUAGGUUCGUUCACUAUCCUGCUAACCGAGUAAGAAGACAGUUUGGGUUAGAUCAGGAUAUUCCCGAUGAUAUUUCCUUCCUCAUGGAGUCUCCUACUUCGAUUCGUCCCUUUCUACGGCAUACUGCUUUUGAAUUUUGGAGGCAGCGUUUCAGUGCAGUUACAGUUCCUGGUUCACUAAGGGAGAGCCUUUGCACUCCUCCCAUGCAUGGUUAUUGA